UUGGGUCAGGAGAAUCAGUAACAAUGCAACCACGCGGCUUGCACCCCACUCAUGACAUGCCUUGUUGCACUCCACACCGUUCUUUGCAUUUCUUGAUCUUUGAAUCGGUGAGCGUCCCGAUUGUGGCAGUGCUGCACUUGCACAGUAGAUUCACAAGGGACGAGGGGAGCCUUGACUAUCGCGAUUUCCAUUUUCCGCGGAGAGGGCGGGGCUGUAGGCGCGAUCGCCUUCAAUGGCGGGUGCAGGAGGAGCAGCAGUUUCAGGCGCCAUUCGCUCUGCGAUGGCAGCAGCCGGGGGGGCGACUGUGACUGCAACUGGCGGCGACGUUGUGCGACGAAUAAGCAGCCCCAGACAUAAGCAGUGGGCGCGGGCAAGACGGAAGCUAGGAGGGCCGACAGGCAUGGCGCCGCUAGUGGUUGACGGCGGCGAGGGGCGGGCAGCCGGCGCGGAGCCCCACGCGGGUGGGUCGGCGCUGAAGGGCAUGCGCGCAGACAUGGACGUCGACAGCAGCAGCAGCAGCAGCAGCGGGUCGGAGAGCGAGUCGGGCAGCGAAAGUGAGCAUGGGCAGGACGGCGUGAUGACUCGCACUCGCAUGCUCAUGGACGAUAGCGAUGGCAGUGUGACUACAGCGAGGGAUGACGUCAUCAGCAGGCAGAGCAGCAUGAGCGAGGCAGAGAGCAGCAGGCUCGCCCCCACCACGCCCACCACGCCCACCACGCCCAGCCCCAACCCCAGUCCACGGGGGGUUCUUUGGGGGAGCAGGGCGGGAGGGAAUGGGCGCAUGGGUGCGAGGGAGGAGGGUGGUGGCGCGGCGGUAAAGGAUGAGGGGGGAGGCAGCACGGCCUUGGUAGGCGUGGCGACUGCGGUGGUGAUGGACGGAGAGCGUGGCGCGCUGGCAGCAACCAGUGGUGGCGGGGAUGGCAGGGGGGCGGCGUGGGGCGGCAAGGAGAUCUUCGUGGUGUCGGACGGCACGGGGUGGGCGGCAGACGGGGCAGUGCGGGCGGCACUGGGGCAGCUGGGGUGCGGCGGAGCAGAGGGGCAGUGCUGCGUGCAGACGAGGCUGUACUCGCAGGUUGCUGGCACGGCAGCUCUCCUCAGCAUAGUGCGCGCAGCAGCGUCUGCCAGCGCGCUGCUCGUGCUCACUAUAGCCGACCCCGCCCUGCGCCAAGCAGCCACGGGCGCGGCUGCAGCGCUGCGGGUGCAGGCGGUGGACGUGUUGGCGCCGCUGCUCGCUGCCCUGCAGGGGCACGUGGGCGCACGGGCCGCGCAGGGGGGGCGAGGGAUGCGGGGCGGGGGGGAAGAGGCUCUGAGCGAGGAGUACAUGAGGCGGAUCGAGGCCAUCGAGUUCAGCAUCAAGCAGGACGACGGCGCUUUACCACGCAACUUGGGGCAGGCGGACAUCAUAGUGGUGGGCGUGUCGCGCACGGGCAAGACGCCGCUCUGCUCCUACCUGGGCCACAUGGGCUACAAGGUGGCAAACGUGCCUCUGGUGCUGGGCGUGCCCCCGCCAGGCGCACUUCUGGAGGCGGAGCAGCAGCGCGUGUUCGCACUCACCAUCCACGCGCCCUCGCUCCAGGCCAUCCGCCGCACGCGCUACCAGCGCCUGGGCGUGCAGCACAGCAGCAGGGGCGAGGCGGGCAGGGCAGCGUGGUGGGCGAGGGAGGGGGGAGGGGUGUAUGGGGGGGGGUUAGGGGCGGCAGCGAGCUACUACAGCACGGAGCAUGUGCGGCAAGAGGUGGAGUUCGCUCAUCACCUCUUCACCCAACACCCCCUCUGGCCCGUCAUCGAUGUGACAGGGAGGGCCAUCGAGGACACAGCAGCGGCGAUUCUGCGUAUUUAUCACGAGCGCUUCAACCCCCAGCCUGUGCCAUACAUCACACGCCGCUAUUGACUGGAAUGUGCACAACUCCACACUACAGAUGCGUCCAUACAGCACCAUGUGUGUAUAGUGCAAACCUCUGUAAUUUCAUACAGCACCAUGCGUGUACAGUGCACAUUGUCAACUUAUAUAUUCUAUAUAUAUAGUUGUGUAGGCUUGGUAGGUGUUGGGUGUUCUACAAAUGACUGGAUCCUACUGUAGAGGGUACAACCCACUUCUUGUACCUCUAUCUCUCCUAGUCAACCCUCUUUUCUCUCGCUAUUC